AUGGAAGAGGUACCAAAAACCAUCGCCGUCAUGGAAGGUGCACAUGCCAACGACGACACACUGCAAUCCAGCAACAUACAUGGUGGACACCGUAGGGGAAACAGUAACUUAUCGGAUCUCUUUGAUCCGCCACAGCAAAACUCGACAUCGACUGCUGGGCAGCAUCAUCAUCCUUUGAAGCGGGGGAUUUCCAUGGAAAGUGAUGCCAAGCAAACGCUUGCCGAAGCGGCACGGCUGCGUAUGGAACACAAUCGUACGGAAGAAAGCGAAACGCAGAAGAUUACCUUGGACAGUCUCUUGCAGAACAGUCACUACGAGCACGAAGCCACAACUCACAUUCUAACGGCUCUCGAAGAUCAGCUCGGCUCAACCCAGGCCUUUGAAAAUACCAUACUGGAGAGCGUUUCGGACGAUGCCAGCAAGGCUUUGGAAGAAAGCAACUCUGGGACAAAGCGACCGAGCAGUCACUCUACUUCUCGGCGGUCAGAGGACCAACAAACAGAGCGAAAGCAAGUCAUGAGCCCCAAGCGAAGACAUCAUCGUGUGAUGAGUAUCGACGAUCAGCUCGCCAACCUGGCAGACCAGCUAAUCGAUCAUGGUUUCCAUGUCGGUCCAAAUUCAACUCCACCCGUUGCACCACAUUCGGAAUUUGAUAGGAAUGCACAGUUGGCAUUUGGGGCACCUGAUUUUGUAUUACAGUCACCUGAAAAAAAAGGAGGAGGCAAUGGUACCGGUGCAGUACUACGCGACCGCUUGUUUUCAGGAGACAACCAUCCCACAUUUCUGCCUCCUGUUGACGAAGGCAGUCCUUCUGAACUCAUGAAUCCUCAUCAUCAAGAUAACCAAGCAAGCUUUGACGGAGUUGUCGAUCUUGAAACUCCAAAGACAUCACAGAAUCUGCCUCCUCAAGAGGCAGCCAAAAACUCUCCAUCCAAUCGCAAUCGUAACCGCUCGUCUCUUUCAGAUAUGACCGACAAAGUCAAGAACGACGUGGCAUCCUGGGGGUCAUUCUUUCGUCCGCAACAGGCCACCCUCAAGAAGUACAUCAAACUCAUGUUGUACAUUGCCCUGCCACUUGUUGGAGUUGCUGGCUUAUUGUUUUACUUUUUGGACAAUCCCACCACCACCACCAGCGAAGGACAAAGUGUAUCAUGGAUCCUGAUAUUUGUCGUUCGUCUAUGGGUCACUUUGACACUUGCGUUGGCGGUCCAAGCAUUGGUCAUCGACCUACUGUGUGUCCAAACACGUAUCAUUCCACGCCUAGUGGGACCACUGUUUACCCUUUGGAUUGUCCAAUCCCAAGGAUGGCCAUUUGUCAUUUUUAUGUGGUCCAUUCUCAAUUUCGGCAUGUUGUAUGGUCAGAGCGCAUUUGCCGAACAUUGGUUGUUCUGGCAAGAUACUAUUCCGCUCUUUAGUGAGGCCAAUCCUGCUGGCAAUGUGGUUAGUAGUGAUUUAUACAGGGUCAUAUUGACGAUCUGCGCAACCGUUCCCGUUGCUGUUUCUGUAAAGCGUUUGGCAGUAGGUCUCUUCUUGGGACGCCAAUCAUUUUUGCAUUUCGGUGAAAGACUUGCAAAGGUGAUGGACAAAAUGUUGCUCAUCAGUCAAGUAGCCAAGCUUGCAAGUCGAAUGGAAAAGCAAAGAAUGUUGUUGCACCGAAGAAAUGUCGCACUCGGAACACCCGGUCAGCCCAAAAAAAAAGGCAUGGCUGCCUAUCAGGACAUAUUUGAUCAAGACGAUGGAAGCAGUACAAGAACCGGCACUGUGCUUGGUCUGGUAGAAUCGGAAAAGAAUAAGUUGGCUCAAAUGUUGGAUCAAUGGGAGGAACCAGAAAGGAGGUCUACUGCACACAAGAAAGCAUCAAUUGCAGCCGUGUUGCGAUUUCGGAAUGCUCUUGCCCUCAUUCAUAACGACUAUCCUUUUUCGUUUGCAUUUGGCCUUGCCAAUAAGCGCUACGAAUGUGUAGAAUCCGCUCAAAUUGUCUUCAAACAUCUACUGUCAGAAGGCGAAACUGAUGUCGAGUUCGAAACCAUCGCGUCGUCUCUAGCCGUGAGAGACGGCGGUUAUCUGAAUCCAGAGCGGGUGAAAAAUCUCAUUCGAGUGUUCCGUCCAAAUCGGGAUGGAACCCUGUCAGUGCUUGAUUUUGUCAAGAGUGUCGAUGCCGUGUACAAGGAGUUUCGUCUUCUCCAAGCGUCCAUCGAAAACUCAGCUCAGAUCGAUCUUGCUUUUGAUGCAAUCUUUAAUACCAUCUUCUACGCAAUCGUGGUCGUAGUCAUCAUGUCGCAGCUCGGACUUGAUCCAAUGGCAUUAUUUCUGUCGCUAUCCAGCGUUUUUCUGGCGUUCGCCUUUGUGAUUGGUUCUGCCGCUUCCAAGUACUUUGAAGGAAUUUUGUUCAUUCUUCUUCGACGUCCAUACAACAUUGGAGACUUGAUCUGUGCUACCAAUAUCCAGGUUGAACCAGGCUUGAUGGGAAAUAUUGGAUGGUAUGUCCAAAACGUUACCCUUUUUGAAACGACCAUUACCUGGUUACCGACCAUGGAAACUGCAUCCGUGGCGAAUGGAGCAUUGGCUUCCAGUCGAAUCGUCAAUUGGGCACGAAGUCCGAAUGCCCGAUUCGUCAUCUUCUUGUAUUUCCCCAUUGAAACCAAGUACGAAACUCUGACACUGUUCCGUGGUGCCAUUGAAGAGUAUAUGAAGGCCCGACCUCGAGAAUGGCUUGCCUUUAACGCCUUGCGUGUCUUGAAUGUCUUUACAGACAAGGGUUACAUACAAAUGGAACUCGUCGUCCAGCAUCGAGAAUUCUGGCAAAAUGCGGGAGCCGUGUAUGAUAGUCGUGGGAACUUGGUCAGUUUCUGUAAUGAAAUUCAGAAACUUCUUGGAAUGCAAUUCAAGAAACCACCGCUGCCUGUCGAUAUCCGCAAUGGAGCUGCGUUGGAAGCCUUGGAUGCUAUGGGACAAGAGCGCGGUCCAACUAUUGGAGCCCCCGACAACAAUGGAGGAGGCACAGAGCAGGCCGCUCGGGCAAAGUUCCGUCAAACCGCUGAGACCAAGCACAAGAUGUUCUUCUAA